AUGGCACCAGAUUGGCCAGUACCGAAAACAAUUCAGCAUUGGCCAGGAAAGUUUGGAAGUGAGCUCGUCAACAAAGUCAGCACCGCGAUUGCCUAUGAUGACCGAACUGGUUAUCCAACCACCUGGGGGUUUCUUUGCGAUCCGGAGAACCACGAGCUUCGGAUUGAGGAACUUUUCAAGCUAUACCUAGAUCCAGCUCAUCAGGACACUUUUCGUCAAGCUCCAACGAUUGAUGAAGCUAGGCAAUGGUUCAAAGAUUAUCUACACUGCAUAUAUGAGCAGAUCAAGCGAGUCUUCUCGGAUUCCAUGCCACGAUGGCAGAACAAGAACAUCGAAUUCCUGUUCAGCGUGCCAACAACAUGGAAGAACCCAGCCAUGAUCGCCGCUACUGAAAGACUGAUCAAAGACGCAGGCUUUGGCGAGAAAUCUAAUCAUAUUGUCAGGAUAUCGCUCACUGAAGCUGAAGCAGCUGCUGUGUAUGCUUCAAAGUCGUCAUACGAGAAAGGAGAUGUGUUCUUGGUUUGUGACGCUGGCGGUGGGACGACAGAUUUGAAUGUGCUUAAGCUGUCGAGCUCAGGACGAGGCAAGACUGAGCUCGAACCACUUAGCUGGGUCGAGGGCCAGUCCAUCGGCUCGACCUUGAUCGAUUUUCGCAUAGCCAAGUUGAUCGCCGAAAGGCUCGAAACAAUCCGCCAUCAUAUUCAAGGGGAACCGAGAGACGUGGCAGAGAAAAUGAUGAGAGGGAGGUUCGAGACAUUCAAAUGCUCCUUUGGUGUCGAGGCGUCCAAUGUCCCAACGCUGCCGCUGCCGGUACCUGGCCUGGCUCCAGGUCAAGACUUUCCACAGGCUCGUGUUGCGGAUUCUAAGAUGAUCAUAACGAAAGAAGAACUACAGCGGAUAUUUGACGAACAAAUCGAAAAGAUGUACAGGCUGAUUGAUGAGCAAUUGAAAAGACUGCAGAUGAGUCAUGCGCGAGAAACCAUCUCUUACCUUGUGUUGUCUGGCGGGUUGGGAAGCUCACCAUAUGUCCGAAAGUGCCUCAAAGCGCGAUAUGAGAGCGGUGCCGGUGGCUUUUUCCCGAAUGCUCAAGAUAUGACAGUCCUGGUGGCCGAAGAACCGCAACUUGCUGUUGUACACGGCCUAGUCAUGGAUCGGAUCCAAGAGAUCAGUCAAAACAUUGUGGUGUAUUCCCGGCGAUGCUGCCGAACCAGCUAUGGAAUUGUCUGCCGUCAAGUGUAUGAUGCAAGCAAGCAUCAAGGAGAGGAUGUUGUGAUAGAUCCGCGUGAUAAGCAGAAAUGGGCUGAACGACAAAUCCAUUGGUUUAUUGAACAGGGCCAUGUAAUACACGUCAAGGAAGGCAUAAAACACCAUUAUCGGCUGAAGAUCGACCUUGGCAAGGAGCAGGUUCCCUGGAAGACGCAAAUAGUCACGUCGACGUUGCCAGCUGGCCAACUACCACGGAGCAUGAAGCAUUCUGGUGUGAAGACUUUAUGUGACGUGGAAUCAGUACUGGACCCAGCAGAUAUGAAGCGGAAGAACAGACAUUGGUACAAUUUCGGCCCAGAAUAUAACAGGGCCGAGUUCGACGUCAAGGUCCUCAUUGGUGCGGCCGAUGUAAGGUUCCAGUUAUGGGGGAAAAAUGGAAGAAAAAGUAAAGAUCAUAGUGAGAUUGCCGUCAAAUGGGAACCUCCUCCACAAAUCACAGCGACUCCAGGCGCCGAUAACUCCUUCGGCAUGUACAGGGCUUGA